CAUUGUGCCAACAUAUCGAUACGUGAGCUAUCGAUGCCAAAUCAUCGACCAAUAACAGAGUGUGCUCUCUGUCAUCGCCAACCAGCUGCUAAGCCAACACAGCAGCUGUGUCGAUAAACGAAGCAGUCCGAGACCGAUAAAUAUAUCUAAGGCAGUCCAACUUGCGAAAAGGAGAUACGCAAUGCCACGAGGAAAAUAUGUUAACCACAAGGGCCGCAGUCGCCACUUCACAUCGCCUGAGGAGCUGCAACAGGAGUCCGAGGAGGAGAGCGAUCAGUCUAGCGGUAGCGAGUCGGGCGAAAAGGAGUCUGGCAACGCCGACACCGCCGCCAGCAGCACAAAUAAGCCGGCAACGCGCAGCAAAUUGGCAAAGCCAGCAAAUAGACAAAAACAAACACGCCGCGUUCCCCACGCUGAUUCCGAUGAUGAUGACGAUGAUGAUGAUGAGGACGAUUCGGAUGAUGAUUGGGAUGCGGAGGCUCGUGAUUCGAAGAAAGGUGUCGCUUCCCUUAUCGAAAUUGAGAAUCCCAAUCGUGUGAUCAAAAAAUCCACACAAAAACUAUCGCACAUUAAAAUCGAUGAUGGUCCAGGCGGCGGAAGUGGUGCUGGUGGUGGUGGUGCUGGUGGUGGUGGUGGUGGUGCUGGUGCUGGUGCUGGUUCAUCCGGCCACAAACCGGAACUGACGCGUCGCGAACGCGAACAGCUUGAGAAGCAGAAGGCGCGUCAACGCUACGAGAAACUGCAUGCGGCUGGCAAAACAACCGAGGCGAAGGCCGACCUUGCCCGUCUUGCCCUCAUCCGACAGCAGCGCGAGGAGGCUGCAGCCAAGCGCGAGGCAGAGAAGAAGGCAGCUGCCGAUCUCUCCAAGAAACCACUGUCCAAGUAGUAGCAUCAAAAACAACAACACCAGGAACAGCAGCAACAACUACAACACACAAGAAGGAAAAACAAGCAAAAAAAUUAACAGUACAGAACAUUAACAGUAACAGUAGCAGUAACGCAGGUCUGGCAACGUCGUCGUCGUCAGGCCAACAGGAUGCGGAUGUGGAUGGAGUAGUAAAUCAGCAGCAGCAGUCUGGCAACGGGAAUUAUGGCAAUUCGCAUUCAACUAGUUAAGUGUUCGAAUUUCGAAUAUCCGCAAAUGGACAGCAGCAACAACAACAACCACAGCAACAGCAGCGAAUUUCUUUUGCGUGAAUAGAGUAAAGAAAUCUAUUAACUAUGCUAACUAUUUAUAAAGUGCAAUUGCUAUAUAUACAAAUUAUUUAUGUCGAUUUCACAACACUAACAACAACAAAAUCAAAAACAAGCGCGUUUAGUUAAGAUUUGCCAAAACUUUACUAAGCAAAAACAUCUUUUCAUAAUUCUCUUCUUUUUUAUAUGCAUUCUUUUUGUAACUGAGAAUUGUAUAAAUAAAUAUACAUGUAAAACAU